UAUUUUUUUUUCAAAUAUUAUUUUAUAAAAAGUUAAAAAAUAGCUUUUUCUAAUUUUUAAUAUAUAUUUACUAUUUUUACACUAAAGGUAUUAAAUAAGGUAUCAAAGCCUGUGAUUUUUCAUGAAGAACCAGUACCAAAUUGUCGGAAAAAACUUAUAUGGCUCGUAUCUAUUUGUAAAAUUAUACCACUGUUUUUCCAAACAUAAUAGAAUUUUUUUAUAUGCAUAAAAAAAGUAUAUUUUACAAUAAUAUGAAUAAUACAUUAAUAAUUUUGCAACUGUAUUCACUUUAGGAAUGUAUGAUUCAAUGAAUUAUUGAAAAAUUUAAAAUGUGUGAAACUACCUUUGGGUUGGAAUUAUAUUCAUGAUCAAAUAGCAGUAACAUAUUUCUUAAUAAAACAUGAAAAUGUUAAUGAAAUAAAAGCUGUGAUCUAUAAACAAAUUGUUAUAUCAUCUGAGUUAACAAUUCAUUUUUAUGUUAAUGACAAAUUAUUGAAAUUAGAAGACUUGAAAAUGAUAAAUUUGGUAUAUCUAUUAAAUGCUUUAAGUAUAGAAAGAGCAGUAAUAGCAUUUUCAGAUUUAAAUAUUUGUGUUGGUGGUCCAAAGUCAACAAACAUUCCAGGUAUAAAAGAUAAUAAUGCUGAACCAAGUUCCAAUAAAGUAUGGCAUCAGUUAGACUGUCCAUAUAUUAUUCCUUCAGGCAAAAAAAGAAGUUUAAACUGUGAAAAGUUACUUGGCAAAUUUCGAUUGAAAAAAUUAAAAAUAAUUUCUGGUAAAAUUACAAAGAAGUACAUAUCUCCAACGCUUACACCAAUAAGAAGAAAAAUGUAUAGUGAUAUACUUUUACAUAAAGUUACUUUAGCAAAAACAAAUAAAAGGUAUCUAUUAUGUAUUCAAAAUCUUCACAAUAAAUUUAGUUCUUCACAAAAUAAAAUUAAGGAAAUUUCAACGGAUUCAAUUAAUAAUAUAAUUAGUCAAUGAUUUAAAUGAACCACAAAAAAAUAUUGUACAAGAAAUUAACAAGGCCAGCCUUGUAAAAAAUCCAAAGAACAGAAAAUACUCGGAAAACUGGAUUUUUUUAUGUAUUCUUUUUCACAUUCGAUCACCAGUGGCCUACAAGUUUUUAAUGCAACAGAAAAUUUUACCUUUACCAUGUCCUCGUACAGUUCGGAGAUAUCUAUCACUCAUGAAGUCACCCGGUGGGUUUGAUGAAGAUUUUUUUAGAUUGUUUAAAAAAAAGUAUCAUUUUUAAGUAAAAACCAAAAACACGGUAUGCUAGUGUUUGAUGAAAUUAUGUUACGUGAAAGUGUAUGCGUAAAUUCAACCACAUUAACCUAUAUGGGUUUGGAGAAUUUUGGCAAUGAAUUGCUACCUAAAAAUGAUACAAACACAAAAGCAAACUAUGGAUUAGUUUUUGCAUUUCAAAGUUUGUCAGCCAAUUUUUUUCAGCCGAUAGGCGUGUUUUUGUCCAAAGGUUCAGUUAAAGGUACAAAUUCAAUAUAAAAAGUUACUGUACGAUAUACAUAAAAUGUGUUGCAAUUUAAAUUAUAAUUUAUAAUCAGUGAUGUUUGCAUAAUUUUUUCUAUAAUAUACGAAAGCAGAAGCUUAAUUUACUUUUGUUACAUAAUUGCAUUCUGUUUGCUAUAUAUGAAGCAGAAAAAAACUCACUCUCUGGUGCUAGGUUUAUGUCAUAUACAAUAUACCCCUUCGGCCUUCGCCCCAAACAACACUGAUUAUAAUGGUGUAUUAUUUAAUUAUGUCUCAUUUUUUUACUAACCUAUUUGAUCAAAUACAUUUAUAAAAUAGGAUGCAUGUUUUAUAGAUUAUAUUAAGUUUGA